AUGGCUUUUUCUUGGGUCACAAGAAACGUGUUUCCGAUUAUUCCUCUUGUCAUCGUUCUUCUAUCAAUCACCCCUUUGUCUUCAUCAAUCGCUCCUUCGUCUUCACAUUUUUCUCCAACUGACAAAGUCACAAAAGCACUAGUUGACCAACUCUGCUCACAACCUUCGAUUUACAAACACUUCUGCGUCGCUUGGCUAAACUCCGACCCAAAAACGUUCACCCUCGACUUGCGCGGUCUUGUCGGUAUGGUCAUCCAAAAGACGGAAGCCUUGGGCUACAAGAACCUAGAGAUGACAAAAGACUUAGCGAGAACCACGAAUGAUCCGGAUCUCGCACACUCAUAUGAGUCUUGUGUGACAUAUUAUAAAUUAUCCAUUAGAUCCAUCAAGGGAGCUGAAAGUUUUGCGAGCACUGGGAAUUACCGUGAAGCAUCCAAUGCGGCUUUUAAUGCCUCUAAUAGUAUAUCUACGUGUGAAGGUCUGCUUGAAGGAAAAAGAACUCCUCCUUACGUUUACCCACGCAAUUACAUGUUUGAAAGAAUGUGUGACAUUGAUAAUGUUUUCGCCCACCUUUUGGCGUUAUGA